AUGGCUGCGGCCGCGGCGUGCGGCUCCCCGCCUCCCCGCCCGCCCCGCGAGCAGCCGCCGCCGCGCAAGCGGGGCGACUCCCGGCGGCGGCAGGCCGCCCUCUUCUUCCUCAACAACAUCUCCCUGGACGGGCGGCCGCCCUGUCCGCCCGCCGAGAAGCCGCCGCUGCCCGCCGGCCCGGGCGACGGGGAGGAGGCGGCGGCGGCGGAGCCGGCCGGAGCCCCCCCGCGCCUGCUGCCCCCGCCGCCCGUAUGCCAGCCGCCUCCCGCCCUGCUGCUGCCCGGCGUGCCCGCGCUCGCCGCCGCCGGAGCCAAGGGGGAUGCGGACCCCGCCCGCGGGGGCAUCUUCCUGCCGCAGCUGCUGCUGGGCGGCCCGCUGUGCCCGCCGCCCCCGGCGCCGCCCGCCCUGCCGGGGAUGCUGGCGGCCAAGCCGGGCGCCCCGGGGCUGCUGAGCCCCACGCAGAGCGCGGCGGGCGGCGGCUUCGCGCUGGAGGCGCAGCGGCAGAGAACCAAGCAUAUAUCUGGGUCUCCAAGACACAGAAGUUUGAAGAAGAUGCACUUCAUCAAGAACAUGAGGCAGUAUGACACCAAGAACAGCAGGAUAGUGUUAAUCUGUGCUAAACGAACACUGUGUGUGGCAUUUUCUAUCCUACCUUACGGGGAGGGCUUACGGAUCAGUGAUCUGAAAAUGGAAGGACAGAAACAGCGACAUCCUUCUGGGGGAGUUUCAGUAUCUACUGAGAUGGUUCUUGGACUGGAAGGAGUAGAGCUGGGUGCUGAUGGCAAGGUUGUGUCCUAUGCAAAAUUCUUGUACCCGACCAAUGCUCUGGUUGUUCGUAAAGCUGACGCCUACGGUGCUGUUCCCCCCUGUCGAGCCAGUGCUCCACGGAGUCUUCCUGGAUCAAGAUACAAACCUGUGACAGCAAAAACCAUACCAGCAGGGACAGACAUUGGAAGUGAAGCUGGAGAAGCUGCAGAGUAUGAUCCAGAUCUUCUGGAUGAUCCUCAGUGGCCCUGUGGAAAACAUAAACGUGUUCUCAUCUUUGCCUCUUACAUGACUACAGUCAUAGAGUAUGUGAAACCCUCAGACCUUAAAAAGGAUAUGAAUGAAACGUUUAGAGAGAAGUUCCCUCAUAUCAAGUUGACACUGAGCAAAAUUAGGAGUUUAAAGAGAGAGAUGAGAAACCUGAGUGAGGAGUGCAGUCUGGAGCCGGUGACUGUCUCCAUGGCUUAUGUUUACUUUGAGAAGCUCGUCCUCCAAGGCAAACUCAACAAACAGAACCGCAAACUGUGUGCUGGUGCUUGUGUUCUGCUCGCAGCCAAGAUCAGCAGUGACCUCAGGAAACACGAAGUGAAACACCUAAUAGAUAAACUAGAGGAGAGAUUCAGAUUCAACAGAAGGGAUCUCAUCGGUUUCGAAUUCACCGUACUCGUAGCUUUGGAACUGGCUCUGUAUCUCCCAGAAAACCAAGUUUUACCUCAUUACAGACGGCUCACACAACAGUCUUAACCAAAGCUCCAUCCCAGCUGGCAUCCAGCCGUGCUGGGAUCCCAUCCCAGGAUGCUGUGGUGGAGGUGCCACUGGCUUCAGCUCGUUGGGAAGGCUGCAGGGUGUUGGGAACUGUUGAGGUCUAUGGACACAGAUGCCAAAUCUGGGGAUGGUACGAGAAGAGUUACUGAACUUUUGUUUUCUUUUGGACAUUUAAAGCACAAAUAUUCACCAGUCAGCUGUCAUGGCUGCUUAUUAUUCCUUAUUUAUCUUCCUGGUUUUACUAAAACUGUUCUUCCUUAUGAAGAAUACUA